AUGGGACGGCUCGGGGCUGCGAAGCGUGGAAUGACUUCUAGUGCCCAGCAAGCCAGCGCACCACCAAGGUACCCCACGAUGCCUCGGCACUCAUGGUACGGACCCCACAGCCCGGGCGGUACGGCUUGGUGGCUCGGCGUCGGCCGCUCUGGGGCGCCGGGCACGAGUCGCGGCCUCGAAGGAAGACUGGCAGAAGUAGUCGACCCAGCUGAGGCAAACAAACUACUGCUCCAGCUAGGAAGGCAAGUGAGACUCACCCAUCUGCAGGUUCAAGCAGUUGUGAAGAAGGCAGGACCAUCAGGGCUGCGUCUAACUAACCUCCCUGCUGCGUUCUUGAAAGAACACAAUGCAGUACUGGACCUCCGAAGCCUCGGGCUCGUCCAAAUCCGCGAACUGAUUGCAGGUAUGGGGCGGACUCUGCGGCUCGAGGCCGACGACGAGGAUCCACUGACUCUCCAAGAAGCAGCCGCAGGCAGGACAGGGUCUACGUGUCGAGCUGCUCAUCCAGAGAAACGUUCGCUCUCUCUGCCGCCUGUCGUCGCCGCCGUUGCUGGGCUGGCGCCAGACCCCACCGAAGAAACCAUUGGAAAAAUGCAGGAGUUCCCGUCUCAAAGGGCCCAGCCAGGGGGCGGGGUCCACGAACAUCCGGGUCUACAGGGAGGAACGAACUUGACGGCAGACUUGACAACUUCUCUCGAUACUCCCCAGUUUUUUGCAUUGGAUGAGGACUCGUGCCUUAUACUGAAACUCGGAGAGCCUUUGCCUCCAGUGAUGAAAGAGCUACUUCAGCACCUGCUCAUUUCUCUCGUUGCGGACGCACUCCACCACGCGAGCCCCCCUACCUUCGCCGCAUCGCCGACAAACUGGCCCCUUACCAGGCCACAUGCUGGCCUGUUGAAGCCCCCAACCCCCCCGGGAUCCCUGGUAACUGCCACAAGCCCAGAGGCCCUGUCUCCAGAAGACUAUCUUCUCUCUGAGUCGCCUGAGGUGCGGGCGCCGAGUCUGAAGCCCCCCUGUGCGAGCAAUUCGCCAGACCCCACCUGUUUCCCUUCGCCGACUGAAAACAUGCGUGUAGUGCCACAAACGAAAGAGACAGAGCGCGACAGCGGUGUGAAAGGAAAGCCAGGGGCUCCUAGGUUUGCAGAGGGUACAGGGAAUACGAAGUUUGCGAGCCCGUCAUAUGGCAAGAAGAAUAAGGGAAUUCCAAUUCACAUUCUCCCCGCCCUGUGGCAGCUCAAGUACGGGCUUCGCUGCAACCUCUCAGCGAUGUUGGAGACAUGCGGCUACACAUCGCUUAGGGCGUUUAUCGUUGAUGAGUUGCCAAGUUUGCACAUCUCGCCCGCUGGGUCUCUAGUGACCCUGCGGCUCACACCAACCUCGCCACGGUCUCUCGCACCAGAGGCACUGGCCACACUCGGUGCAGCAGCUGGGGGCAAGCAGGUGCUUCAGGACGACUCAAAAGCGGCUCUUCAAACCUCCGGCUCGGCACCACCCGCUCAGCCGAAUAAGGCUUUGUCACUUAGCCGCGUAAUUGACGUCGUAACUGAAGGGCGCGACAAACAGUCUGUCAUAACCAUAAAAGAGUUGAUCUCGAAGAGUCCGCUGGAUACGAAUGGUACCCCUCACCCAACCAUAGAGGCAGUCGCCACAGCGGCAGCCGCCGCGGUUCAGGCAUCCGGAGUGUCUCUUCCCACGCUGCUAGCAGCCCUCUCGUCUGCCGCACGACGCCAGGCGGGGCGAGGCGCCGAUCCAGGUCCUCCGACGGAGGGCGGGACCAAGUGUGGGGGGCGGCCACAUGCCUUGGGCUCCGUGCGGCCGACGGCGGCUGCUUCCAAGCCCCGAGUGUCUCCAGGCGAGGCCCCACUGGCAGGCUCCAGCGGAGCCAAGGAAGGUGCCUGGCCCCCGGUGGAGGGAUCUGCGAAAAGCCACCGUCCAUCCCCUGUGACUAUGGAGACGAUCCUUUGCAAUUCAGCGUACUCGAAACAGGUAGCAGAUACGACGACUUUUGAAGAAUCCCUUUCAAGCCAGGGACUCUCACAUUCGUCCCCCAACGCUAUCCAGGAAACGGCACCUCCAGAGUCUGCUUCCCGUCUGUUUGCAUGCAAGGAAAGACCACCUGACACUUGCCUGGUCGCGCGUCCUCAGUCGCAAGACUUGGCAUGCGUAGAUAUCGACUCAGAUACAGGGGUGACUGCGCAAAAGUCGCCUGCGCCAAACAAGAAACAUAAGAACAAGCAGUUGCCUGGCUCACCUCCAAAAUGUGGACAGGUGUCUCGUCUGCAUCUUCAUCGCAUGCUGUACGAAGCGAUUGCGAUGGGCUGCGAGAAGAGAGGACGGCGAUGGGCGAGAGGGGAGGACUUGAUCGAGUUGGAAGAAGAACUACAGCAGUACGCAACCGCCGCGCUCAGAGGCAAAGAAAUCGCGAGUUCAAAGCUUCCAGGUGGACAAGGAUGUUCUUCGCCUUCCGUCUCCGACGAGCCGAACGCACCACCCAAGCCAGAACAGACUAAGGAACCUUCAUCCGACCUUGGGUUCUCGUCCUCCCUGCCCUCGGCGUGUCAGAAGGGUGGAGAGAAAAACGGGCGCCUCGAGUUUUUUUCGCCUCGAGCGACGCUCCAGACAGGCGACAGAAAAAACAGAGGAGACAACAGCACCGAAGAGGAUACCCUUGAGGAGACAGGACAUAACGGAACAGGCUAUACGUUAUCCUCGGCGGCGGUAAAGGACGAUGAAACAGACGGAGAGGAGAAAAAGACAGAGACAGAAGUCGGCAACUCGACUCCGGAAGCUCGCGAGGAAGCGGAGCCGGACGAUGCACGACUGCAGCGGCGCCGCAUGAAGAAGCGGGAAAAAAAGGAGAAAAAAAAAAGAAAAAAGGAGAGGCUUAGGGCUCUGGAUGAGCAUGAACAGGAGCAGAAGCGCCUUCUCAGUCUCAUGGACCUCCUGCAGCUUCCCUCGUCUCCGCCGUCCGCUCCCCGGUUCUCCCCUGAAACACCGUCCCCGUUUUCGCUCGCGGGAGAUGAAGAGAUCCCGAUAUCGCCAUUCUCACUUGCAUCGCCUUCACGCGGUCAGACGCACUCGUGCGAUACGGCCACACAGCCCUCAACCUUGAAUCAGUUGCUUGGAUCCUGUGGACAAAGCAGCACGGCACUUCGGAACGAAACCACGAAGAUCGUUCCCGUGCUGCAUGUGACUGGGACCUCUGACGCUGCCGCAAGUGCGUCGCUAGCUGUAAGACGGUUGCCUGGCGAAAGUAUCUCCUCGGCCACGCCUUCGCGACUCCCCAUGUCGCAGGUCCGUCUCUCGCUGUCUCCGGAAGAACUCGCGACGGAACUCCAGAGUUACCACAAUCGAGCGGUCGGCAUGCUGGUGUCGGCGAUAAAAGUCGAAUGGGAGAGACACUUUGGCCCCCAAACCUCUUCCCUGCAGGCGUAUAUGGACCACUUCCAAGUUCGCCAGCUGAAGGCGCUGCUCCUGGAAGUCCCGAAUCUCCUCAUUCUCGGGUGCGGCGGCAAAAUGCGCGUGUCCACCCUCGAGCAUGCAAUGCAGUUCUGCAACCCCUUCCCGCCUCCAUCCACAGUCUUUAUCUCUUCGUCAGGCAAAAAAGUCAAUCUGCCCCUGACCAUGACGCCGACGAGUCCUCUUCCCUGGUUUCGGGCUCACGCGUACACACACGGCGAAGGGAGCGGUUGUGCGUCGGCGCUGCCCCAUCUUAAGCAGUUAACGGUGCCAGACGUGGCAGCCGUCCAACCCAGUCAGGGUGGAGCCUGUGGGGGCGGAGAGACGCACGAAGAGAGAGAACAAGGAUACACGAAGCACCAUGGAGGUCGAGACCGGGAGGCUCGGCUGCGAGAUGACAAAGCGCGAGGCGACGAAGGCCAGAGAGGGACAGGCAAUGCGCCAAUGGGGACUGACAAACGAGGAAAAGCCCAAUGUAGGAGCAUGUCGAAACGGUUUCAAAGUGGGGACAGCAACGGCGCAGACUUAAGGCGACUGCGAGAGGGAGACAGAGAGCAUGACAACGCGACCGCGAUCUCUCCGUUGCUCGCCACCAGACCUGGUCCCCCUCAGCAUGCAGUGAACUCUGUAGAGGCGCUCCCGCUGUCGGCGCAUUGUAGGAGAGCGCCGUCACGGCGUCUGGGACCUGGGAGUGGUGGCGACUGCUCUCCGUCUUCUCCUUUUCUGGUGGCGCAGUCAGCGUCUCACCAAAGAAAACCAGACGAUAUGGCGGAGGGCCAACAUGUCAGCCCACGGCAACCCGGCUUCACGUGUGUAUGGGACAACCAAGCCGGCCCAAGUAGGUACGGACUUGUGUCCCAAAAGGCGCAGCCGCCUCACGGUCCCUCUUUGACGACGAGCGCUGAACCUCACCGACACAUGAGAGAGGAUGCGCUAGAAACUCUGUGGAAACCGGCAAUGGCUGUCCAACCGCAGCGAGGAACUGGGGUGAUUAAUCCCUUCUCCGCCUCUGAGUCUUUCUACACAGUGCCCCCUCCUGGCUUGAAUCGUUCUCCCCCGUCCCCCCCUCCGGUCCAGCCCUUGCCCCCGGCAACGACCUCCCAUGACUCAUCUCCUCCGUCGAUGCUUCCCAGACCACCGGCAGAAGGCGGUGCCCUUUCUAACCCGUGGGACUCCAGCAAGUGGUUGUCGCCGUCACCGAGUCAGACGGAGAUACAGUGCAGGGCUUUGGGCCACGUCCCUAAGCUGCUCCCUCCUAACACAUUGACAGACCUCGGGAGACUCCUCGUUGGCCUCCUUCUAAUGGACUCUGUCACGGGGAACGCGGCGGCGGCUGUCGCGGGCCUCGGUUCGGCUCCAGAGGCUCCUGAGGAGCCAGCCGGGUAUGGGCCUGUCUCCGCCCUCUUGCCGCUGCUCACACACGUGAAGGGGGUCCAGCAACCUCAUAGGGGGAGCGAGGACUUGCGGAGGCAGAGAGAACAAGGGAGAGCACGAGAGAACCGAGAACCGAAGCGACAAGAUGAGACACAGCGAAGCCUCACGCCGGAUGUGGACGCCCGAAGGCAGCCCCCUUCUUUCCAGGCUCCCUGCGCGUCGACCCUUCACACGUCCCCCAUACCAGAAUCCUUCACUCCGGCUGAGCCAUUUCUCCGCCCUCCCAAAUUUCUCUCCGUCCCGCAGUGGUCACGGGCACUGGAGCAUGCUGAAGACAACCCAGAGAACCGGGGCAAACUCCGCAACCUUCCACCCUACUCGGAGGUGCACCACUUGUUCCCGGAGCCUCCACGGCUCGCAGCCCCGUUCACGGCUUCUCCGGUCACCUACGGAAGUCACGCGAUGCCUCGCGACAUGUUACUCCAAGAGAAUGACUGCUGUAGAGCGCGGGAUAAUCUGGGGUGCCUCAACGAGGAGGGCGGCACUGCCCAUGGCCCGCAGCGUUUAAACCUUCGAAGCCACAUGAAGUCGCGCCUAACACUUCUUGAAAAUGGUCAGAUGCACGCCCCAACGCCUGGAGCCUGGCACCAGGCUCUGCCGUCGUCCUUCGGCUUCUCCUCUACUGCCUUUCCCUCAGCUGCUGUGAGCACACACCAGAUGCAGUCGCCCGGCCACCUCUCAGUGGUGGCUGAGGCCUUCGGGACAGGUGAAAAACAAUACGACAGAGAUGCGGUUUCGCCCCAAGCGAGGUCGAUGGAGACAGAAGCGAACCGACAGCCAGGAGGGACACAGAGAGCCACACCUGCUCUCAGGGCACUUGAGAGUCAACCUUCUGGUGCCGUGAGGCCUCCGCUGCUCCAAACGUUCUUCCAGGCAGACACCGCCACUGCCUGCCCUAGCUGUGACGCAGGGCCUGCCCCGAGCGGGGCUGUUGUUGGGCCGUGGACAGGAAAUCGAGAGCAGCAGUUCUUCGCGGAAGACGACGCGAGGAGGAAGAUACCCGAACGUCCGACCCACGGAACCGGGCAAGACGCAGACUCGCUGAUGCGUCAGAUGUCGUGCACAGAAGACAAGAAGACAGACGCCGGCGGCUAUUGGGGCGCACCGUCUUGUUUGUCGGUGGCUCCUCGGAGAGACCUGGAACACCGUGAACGAGUUUACCCUGGUCGAGGGAAUCACGCGCGCGCACCGAAUUGCAUGCCCCAUGAACCACUCGAGAGACCCGUGCACAAGAACACCGAUGGUCCCUGUGCAGCUGUCGACUCGUCGCCGUAUCCCCCUGAUUCUGACAGCCAGGACGAUCGUCGCCUGGCCUCUUCGUGUGUCAGCUCGGGCGAAGAAACCGAGUUGGGACAGGAGAUCCGCAUCGGAGCGUGGAGGCCCGGAGCGUCUUCGUUUGAGAGGCACCAGAGAAAACCCCAGGAAAAUUCAAACGGAGAGCGGAGAAUAAUCACCCGCCGUGAAAAACCGCAGACGAGACGUGCUGGGAACGAUAUCGAGGUGGAGCGAAACGAGCAUUCAGAGGCUUCUUUAUCGAGGGCCACUCGAGGACGAGAAGUUGGCGACACAGGCGAGAACAUAAAGACUGGAGUGUACAGGCUGUAA